CAUCAACUCAAGCUUGAGUAAUAAUCUGCAAUAAACAAAUGCUUCCCAAUGUCACCUUCUUCUUCCUGCUCGUCGCCAAUCUCGCCGCCGGCGAGCCAACAUCCACCACGACACUCACUGCCACCCCGGCGACGCUAACCAAAUUAUACAGUGCAAUCACCCUCCAAUGGUCGAACCUUGCCUCCCCGAGCCCACUCGACUAUGUCGCCGUCUACUCCCCGCCGUCCUCUGGCAACCUCGACUAUCUCGGCUUCCUCUUCCUCAACGCCUCCGCCUCCUGGGCCACGGGCACCGGCAGCCUCACGCUCCCGCGCCUCCCCGACCUGCGCGCCCCCUACCAGUUCCGCCUCUUCCGGUGGCCGCCUGGGGAGCUGUCAAAGAACCCGCGCGUUGACCAAGACGGCGACCCGCUACCCGACGCGAGCCGCCGCGCCGCCGUUUCCGGCAAUGUGGCCUACGAAGGAUCUGGGGCGCGACCCGCGCAGCUGCACCUGGCGUUCACCGACGAAGCGGACGAGAUGCGGGUGAUGUUCGUGUGCGGCGACGACGGGAGGAGGUUCGUGAGGUACAGGCCCGCCGGCCUGCGCGAGGAGCAGUGGGAGGAGUCGCCGACAGUGGCGACGACAUACGAGCGGCGGCACAUGUGCGACUACCCGGCGAACGAUAGCGUCGGCUGGCGGCACCCUGGGUUCGUCUUCGACGGCGUCAUGAAGGGACUGCAGCCUGGGAGAAGGUACUUGUACAAGGUUGGCAGUGAUUCUGGGGGAUGGAGUGAGACAUACAGCUUCAUCUCACGUGACACUGAGGCCAAUGAGACCACUGCAUUCCUUUUUGGCGAUCUGGGCACUUAUGUUCCUUACAACACCUACUUUCGAACACCAGAUGAAAGUUUGUCAACAGUGAAAUGGAUCCUCCGUGAUCUUGAAGCCCUUGGCGACAAACCUGCAGUCAUUUCACAUAUUGGUGACAUCAGCUAUGCUAAGGGUUAUGCAUGGUUAUGGGAUCAUUUUUUUGAACAGAUCGAACCUAUUGCCGCUAAAACUCCAUACCAUGUCUGCAUUGGCAAUCAUGAGUAUGACUGGCCUUCACAACCUUGGAAACCCUCUUGGGCAGCAAACAUUUAUAAUGGGAAGGAUGGCGGAGGCGAAUGCGGAAUAGCAUAUAGCAUCAAGUUCAGAAUGCCUGGCAAUUCUUCUUUCCCUACUGGUACUGGGGCUCCUGACACCCAGAAUCUCUACUACUCCUUUGAUGCUGGAGUUGUUCAUUUUGUCUACAUGUCAACUGAAACUGAUUUCACUCAAGGCAGUGACCAAUACAACUUUGUAAAGGCUGACCUUGAGCGCGUCAACCGGAGUCGAACACCAUUCAUCGUGUUCCAGGGUCACCGACCAAUGUACACCUCAAGCAACGAGACCAAGGACACUGCUCACAGGGAGCAGAUGAUUCAGCACCUGGAACCACUCUUUGUGAAGCACAACGUCACACUUGCUCUGUGGGGGCACAUCCACAGGUAUGAGAGGUUCUGCCCCAUGAAAAAUUACCAAUGCCUAAACACAUCUUCGAGCUUUGUGUACCCUGGUGCUCCUGCACAUGUCGUGAUCGGGAUGGCUGGUCAGGACUACCAGCCAAGCUGGGAACCCAGACCUGACCACCCCAACGUUCCCAUAUUCCCUCAGCCACAGAGGUCCAUGUACCGAGGCGGCGAGUUCGGGUACACAAAACUUGUGGCAACAAGGGAGAAGCUGACACUGACGUACAUUGGGAAACAUGACGGCCAAGCCCAUGACAAGGUUGAGAUAUUCUCACUGCAAGUCGGUACUGAUAGCACACCUGAUAAGCUGGUUAGUGCAAUGCCAAAAAACACGAGAUACGUGGAAAUUGCUGGCUGCGCAAUGCUUGCGCUGCUGCUUGGUUUCAUGGCAGGCUUUGGUGUUAGAAAGAAAACGGACUCUGCGAGAUGGACUCCCGUCAGAAAUGAGGAAUCCUAAUUACUUCAACCUUGCUCGUUCGUGUUGUAGUUACUACAGUAUUUUCCACAGUAACAUGUUAAUCUUACUGGACUUCCCAAAAAUGAUCCAGUCAUGUACUCAUACCCGUACAUUUGUCUGUGAUGUUGCUCCAUGUAUCUGAGAGGGAACGGGGGAGCAAAGUUCCAUUUCGGUCUUUGUAACUGAUUUGUUAAAUGUAUGAUGAUCAUUUGGAUGAGAGGACAUUUAUUUA